GUCGUGUUCUCCUUUCUUCUCUCUCGUUUCUGCAUAUAUACUUUUUUUUCUGUCGUUCAUUUUACUGAAAAGAAAAAAAAAGGUAGUAAUAGCUGAGUGAACUUAUUCCACCAACGAUUUUUUUUUGUGACAAGAACAAGCAGAAGCGAAAGCAGGUAAUAAUGAUAAAUAAAAAACGAAUGGCGCCCUUUUAAAAAAUAAAAUAAAACUGCUGUUGCCAUCUGUUCAUAUAUAUAUAUAUACAUAUAUUUUCUUUUCGUCCGAUUACUCAUGUUCACCUUAUUGGUAUGAAUAUUUAAAUUUUCGGAUAGUAUUUUAAUAGAAGAAGAAGAAGAAAAAAAAGAAGUUUUAUGAAUAAUAUUUAAAAAAACAUUUUUUUUUCUCUUUUCUAGCCAUUUUCUCUUUCGAUGAGUGAUCAUAAAACGACAACUCUACAUGCACCAGCACCACUAGGCUCGGUGGCAAAUACUUUAAUUAAUCAACAUCAUCAAAAAAUUGAAUCAAUUGAUUAUACAGCUGAUGAAAGUAUGAUUGCUGAUUUCAUGGCUGUUUUACCACAACUUGAUCCAAAUGAUUCAUCAUCAAUAUUAACAUCACCAAUAUUAAAAAUUAAAGGACAACAGAAUGAAUCAGCUAAGAUACUUGGUAAAUUUGAUGUAUUUGCUGCAGCUGUUCAACAGCAACAACAACAACAACAACAAAAUGGUAUAUCUAUAGCAUCAGCUCUUGUUAAAAAAGUUCAACAACAAUUAUUACCAGCAACAACAGUUCAAUCACCAUCACCAUCACCACCAUUAACAAAUCAAAUUGAUUAUCAACAUAAUAUGAAUAAUAAACGAAAACGUAAAGUUGAACGUCCAUCACAAAAACGUAUACGUGGUUCAUAUAAACUUGUUUCACCUGAACAAAAAGUUAUGAUACAUGAAUAUGCUGAAAAACAUGGUGUUAAAGCAGCAUCAAAAUUAUUUCAAGUUGCACCAUCAACGAUUGCUUCAUGGUUAUAUCAAAAACCGAAUGGUGAACGUACAUCAGCUAUACGAAAUAAAGAAGCACAUUCACGUAUACUCGAAUGGAUACAAACACGACAAGAAAAUGGUGAACGUGUAAAUAAUCGUGAUUUUCAUUCAUAUGCAUUACAAACAAUGAGAGAAUUAACUGGUAAUCCAGAUUUUGCUGCAUCACGUUCAUGGUGUUCGAAUUUUCUGAAAAAAUAUAAUAUUCAAUUGGAUAGCGACAAACAAGCCGAUUCAACAUCGGCACAAUUUCGAUUUGAUUCCAUUGAUGAAAAUGCUAGUGAGAGUUCUCAGUGUUAUACUGGUGGUGGUGGUAGUCCAAUUGAUGUUUUAACAGAUGAAGAUGAUAGUAGACCAAAUCUUCAUAUAUCAAAUGAUGACGAUAUUCAAAUAAGUCCACAUAGAUUAUCUACAAGUGAUUAUAAUAAUGAUCAAAGAACAAAUUCAAAUAAUUGUUUAUCACCAUCAUCACAAAUGAAAAAUUUAAAUGGACUUGAUGAUGUGUCAACAACAACGACUGUGAUUAAAGUUGAACAAGAUAAUGAUUCAAAAAGUUUAUCACCAUCAUCUUCAUCAAUUCAAACAUUACCAAAUAAAAUAUCUAUAACAACAAAUUUACCUCCAUCAUCAUCAAUAUCAGCAGCUAGUAAACGUCUUACUGGUACACUUAAUCGAUUAUUACAUUCAGCUAUUAAUCGACCAAAUGGACAUCAUUAUCAUCAUCAUAUUAAUGGUGCAUCGUCUUCACCAUUAGCAUCAUCAUCAAUUGUUGAUUCAACAGCUAAAGAGCCAAAAAUAAGUUCAGAAAUGAAUACACAAGCAAUUGAAACUUUUGUACAACAUUUUGAUAGUUCAUUUAAUACAAUGACUUAUUUUCAAGAAAAACUUCAACAAUUACUUGUUUCAAUUGCGCAGGAACGCGAUACUUAUCGUACACUUUAUCUCAAGGAACAUGAUCGUCGUUUAGCUGCUGAAUUACGACUUAAAGAGAAUAACAAUACAAUAGCCUAG